AUGCACGCCGCCGUAUUGCUUCUGGUUUUUGUCGUAUUGGAGCAAAGUGCACUCGGAUUUGGUGUAGACAUCAACCUGCCUUACCGAUAUAGUCGAAUGUUCGGAGAUCAGCCGCUGUCUGCGCUGGGCAAUGUACAGAAUGUGAAACGACGACCGAGUUCCGAAGAUGACACCUUCCAACGUUAUCUCGGAUUUGGUGCCAACAGCAUUUUCUCGCCACGAUUCGGCUUCAAUGAAUACCGACAGGACUGGAAGUAA